AUGCCCGAUGUACUGGGGCGAUGCCGGUCCCGGUGUGACACCGGUGCUGGUUUGAGGAAGGGGCGAGUGGGCGCCGGUGCCGACCGGGUGCCGGAGGUGCCGAAUCGGUGCGGGAGUGACGGUCCCGGGGCCGCCCCCGUGCCGGUGGGUGCCGGGUCGGUCUCGGUGCUGAUGGGUGCUGUGCCGGUCCCCGUCUAUGCCCGAAGGACUGGGAUGGCGCCGGUACCGGUGCGAGAGGGGGCGGCUGGGUCCCUGUCCCGGUGCCGACGGGUGUCGGAGGCGCCGGUCCCGGUGCGGUCCCGGUGCUGGUGGGUACCGCGCUCCUCACAGGCGAUGCCCGAGGGACCAGGGCGGUGCCGGUCCCGGUGCGAGGGGGGCGGGCUGCUCGGGCUCCUGCUCUGGGCGCUGCCGCUGCCGGUGCGCGGCCUCCGCCGCAGCGACCGCCACGACGUCCACUGGAACGGCAGCAACCCCAGGUUCCUGCGGGACGACUACACCAUCCAGGUGGCCAUCGAUGACUACCUGGACAUCUACUGCCCGCACUACGAGGGGGCCGUGCCCGCCGGCCGGGCAGAGACCUUCGCGCUCUUCAUAGUGGACUGGGAGGGCUACCGCGGCUGCUACGAGACCCCCGGCGCCGUCAAGCGCUGGGAGUGCAACCGGCCCCAGUCGCCCUUCGGGCCCGUCCGCUUCUCCGAGAAGAUCCAACGCUUCACCCCCUUCUCGCUCGGCUUCGAGUUCCAGCCGGGGGAGACCUACUACUACAUCUCCGUCCCCAGCCCCGAGAGCCCCGGGCGCUGCCUGAAGCUGCGGGUCUACGUCUGCUGCAGAGACACCACGCCGGAGCCGGUGACGGAGGUUCCCAAUUCGCAGCCCCGUGGGCGCGGGGGGCCAGAGGAUGCGGUGCCCGCCCAGGGGGUUGCGGCCCCACUGCAGCCCCACGCCCUGUGCCUGGCGCUUGCGCUCCUCACCCUGCUCCGGAUCUGACCCCCGGUGCCGCCCGUGGCGGGGAGACGGGCUCCUCUGCCCCACUGCCCGCUUCCAGACUCCUCCUCUGCCGCCAUCCCCACCCCACCGAGCCCAUGGGGCAGCCCCGGGUCACGACUCACCUGCUGGACCCCCGUGGAGCCGAGCCAGGGCCAGGAGCUCCAGGUUGAAAGGGACCUGGAUUCCCACUGGCAUUCCCAAACACCGGCCCUACUGGCCACCCUGUCCCGGCACGGGGCUCCCCACAGCUCACCCGACCCCUGCUCUGCCCCAGGGCUGUCGCCUCAUCCCGUGCCUUCCCCCGUGGACCCCCCCCACCCCGGGGGAGGCCGGGGACCCCCAGGCCCUGGAGCGGGUGCCAGAUGGAGGCCCCUCUGCUGCCUUGUCCUCCAGCGAGGACACACCGAUCUGUCUUCUGGGAAGACGCCCUCCUCCUCCUAUUCCUCCUCUUCCUCCUCCUCCUCUUCCUCCUGCCUGACCAGCCCCUACGGUUUGGUUUUGACCCCUGGUAGUGACUGAGCCAAGCAAUACAGUGUUUGCAAGAUUG